AUGAAGGGUGCUAUGCGAGAGCUCAAUGUACCUGACCUCCCUCUUCCCCACGAGAUCUCGAAGCUUCGAGUGGUCGAGACGUGUAUCAGGAAUACACUCAACGCUGUUAGAUGCAGCCUCAAGGGCCAAGUUGAGAAGUCAUUAGAACCUGGUGCAACCACUCAAAAUGUUGCUGAGCUUACGAUGGCUGCUCUGGGGACGUCUCGGAUCAAGGCCACUCUGCAGCACUACAUGCGAUUUGCGUUCUUGAGGUGGGUUUCUACUUCUUACCCCGACGCCAGCGAACAGUAUUGGAUCAAGGUCGACGAGAAGCUCCUCUUUGCGAGAAGCAAAUACCAGUCAGCAACCGACCUUUCUGUGUUCUUUACAGCAAUCUAUAAUAACGACGUCCAGAAACACGGCAAUCCCACCAGCACUCAUCACACUGUUGUCGCUCCCAACAAGAUCUCCGAGUUCCAGAGUGUUCUCAACCGUCAUGCCGGUCUCGUUGUGCCGCCCCCACCCGAGGAGGAGUCUUCGAAGAAGAGAAAGCGCAACAAGGCUUAG